CACCUGCUGUGGAGAAAUGCCGUUCUUUAAUGCGAUUCGCCGCUUUGGGAGUCGCUAUAGACCUCCGAAGGCACAAGGAAGUUCAUGACAACUGGAGCGUGUGAUAAACGUUUAUUCAGCCUCUGUUCUCACACUGUUUGUUUUACACAUACCACUUGGGUAAGAAAAACGGCCGGCAUUUUCCUCUCCACAUGUGCAGCUUCCCUGAAAAAAAUCAAUUCCCUUUAAGAACAUACUGUUUUUUUUUUGUUUUUUUUUUUCUCAGAUCCAGUGUAGGGGGAAAUAAAAGUGCAAACAAAAAGGAAGAGGAGGAUCUGGAAAGUGAGGAAAGGAGGGAGUGAGAGGAGUCCAUAUAAAGAAAGAGGAGGACAUACAAGACCACAGUAACAGAGAGAUUCUACAAGCUAUACGUUUCCCAGUGCUCGCAGUAAGAUACCGUAGUAAAAGAGGACUGGACGUGUGUCAGGAUGGCAGGCACUGGACUGAGAGUGCGUUACUGGCUCACACUGAUCUCAGGUUUGUUCGAGUGUUUGUGCUUCGCCGGCAUCCUGUUCGGAUGGGCCUCGCUGGUGUUCGUGCUCAAGAGUGACGGCUACUUCAGCUACCUGUGUGUGAACAGUACAGUCAAUGGGACCGUUACGAAAGAUUGCAGUGAGCAGGAUGAGCAGCUCUCCAUUAUCUUCACCAUCGCCUCCUUCAUGAACAACUUCUUCGCUCUGCCCAACGGGUUCGUGUUUGACCGUUUUGGCACCACGGUGACCAGACUCCUAGGAAUAUCUAUCUACACCACCGGGACCGUACUGAUAGCCUUCUCAAACGCUGCACUAUCAGUCCUCCUCUACCCUUCUCUCUCCCUUAUUGCAGUUGGAGGAAUUCUUUUCUUACUCACUAACAUGCAGGUUGGGAAUCUCUUUGGAGCCCAUCAGUCCACUAUCAUCACUCUGUAUAACGGAGCCUUCGACUCUUCCUCUGCUGUCUUCCUUGUCGUCAAGUUGCUGUAUCAAGACGGCGUGUCCCUCCGUUCCUCGCUCAUCUUCUUGUCCUGUUGCAGUGUUGUUCAUCUGAUUCGCACCUUCCUGCUGAUGCCUCGCAGACACAUCCCCUACCCUCUCCCUGAGAACUACACCUACGGGCCGGGACGUGGGGACGCUCGGACUUCUAACGAGUUGGAAAACGUCAACGCUAAGAACAGCACCCGGAAUUACGAGGCUACAGAGACAACGCCGUUUAAAGAAGACGGUCCUACCAAGACCGCCACUCCAGACAUGUCAGAGCGAAGCUUCAGAGGCUGUGUCUUCUCUUGGUUCUUCGUAUGGCAUCUGCUGUGGUUAUCGAUCAUGCAGCUGAGACACUACCUGUUCAUUGGGACCCUGAACCCCAUGCUCAACCGCCUAACAGCUGGUGACCCAAGCCUCGGUACACACAAACACAAACACACAGACGCACACAUACUCACUGCAAUGCACACGCGAAUAAAUAUUCUCAUCGAGUGUGUACUUCUGCUGUGCUGUUUUUCCUUAGUGAGCACGUACACCAAUGCAUUUGCCUUCACUCAGCUGUGUGGGAUACUGUGUGCCCCCUGGAAUGGGCUCAUUAUGGACCGGAACAAAGGAAAACCCAGGGAAAAAGGCCAGAGCGAAAGUGAGGCGGACCUAAAGGCAGCCGUAUUGUCUCUAUGCGUGACAGCGAUGCAGUGUGUGCUCUUCUCCCUGUGCGCUAGUAUUCCUCUACUACCCCUGCAGUAUCUCACCUUCAUACUACAGGUUAUCAAUAGGUCCUUCCUGUAUGGAGGGAACGCAGCUUUCAUCAGCGUGGCGUUCCCUCCUGCACAUUUCGGAAAGCUGUACGGAACAGUGAAGGCUCUCUCGGCGCUGCUGUCCGUCCUACAGUAUCCCUGUUUCUCUCUCAUCACUGGACCUCUUGGUGGAGAUCCAUUUGCGGUUAAUGUUGCUCUGACCGUCCUGAGUUGCCUGGCCUUUAUACAUCCUCUCUCUGUUUACCUGCACUGCCGGCGCCAAGCAGCUCGACGGACCAAAGCUGAUAAAACUACCUCCUCUUAAAUAGCACGUGUCCAUAAAGGGAAUGCGAUGAACCAACCUCAUGGCAAAUAAAUGCUAAACCAAGGUGGUGUUUAUAUAUGGAAAAUACUGAUUACAAUAUUGUUCUAAUGUAAACAAGGAGCAGCUAUUUUCAUGUUUAUGGAUAUUUAAGUUUUCACCGAUGUUCUGUACAAAAUGUUUUUGUUUUCUGCGCUGCAUUAUAGUGCAGUAAUGCAGUACUUAAGCACCUUAUUAUAUACACACUUAAGGACAUUUUAAGGCAAUGUUUAAUUCUUGUCUAGGACUUAAAAGGGACCACUAAGAGGUCUUAAAACAUAAAGAGUGCAGUAAAAGUAGCAAGGGGCAAAGCAGUGUAUAAUAAGGUAACUGUGCUGUGGUGUGUGAUGAUAUGCUGCCCCCUACAGGACAAAACAAAGUCUGCUAACUGAGCUUGUGCUGGGUUUCAGGGUUGUACUGUAUACAUUACUCUAAUAAAUAAAAUAGAGACCAAAAUAAAUAAAUAAAAAGGGA